AAGGAACACAGAAAGCAGGAAGGAGUAUCUUCUUGCCACUACCCCUCCCAUCCACCACCAACCACCUUCUCUGUCCCUCUUGGGCUCUCAGGAUGGAUGUCACCCGCCUGCUCCUGGCCACCCUUGUGGUCUUCCAAUGCUUCCUCACUGUCUACAGCCAUCUGGUACCCGAGGAGAUGCUCAGAGAUGACAGGAGCCUGAGGAGCAACUCCUCCAUGAACCUGUUGGAUUUUUCUUCUGUCUCUAUCGUGGCACUGAACAAGAAAUCCGAGAAGAUCAGCAGAAAAGAAGCAGAAAAGAGGAAGAGCUCUCCCAAG